AUGCUGGCCAGAUCGAUCAUUCAAAGCAUUGGAGUCAGCUCUAGAGCUGCUUAUAGACCUUUGGUGGGUGGUGCAGCCCAGAGGCUUUUCCACACCUCCACAUUUUUGAUGAAGCCUGCUGUUUCCCUCGACCAUUCUGCUGCUGGUGCCCAGGAGUCAAUCUGGCCCGCAAACUUCAGACUUUCUCGUCCAAAGACAUGGGAAGAGAGUGGCGAGUCUGCUUUAUCGAAGGCAACCAAAUGGUAUUUGCUUGCUGAGAUGUUUCGUGGUUUGUACAUCGUUUUGGAGAUGUACUUCCGUGCCCCAUAUACAAUCUACUAUCCUUUCGAGAAGGGUCCUAUGUCCCCACGUUUCAGAGGUGAGCAUGCCUUGAGACGUUAUCCUAGUGGCGAAGAAAGGUGUAUUGCGUGUAAGCUGUGUGAGGCGAUUUGCCCUGCUCAGGCGAUCACGAUCGAAGCCGAAGAGAGAGUGGACGGAUCCAGAAGGACAUACAAAUAUGAUAUUGACAUGACCAAGUGUAUUUACUGUGGUUACUGCCAGGAGAGUUGCCCUGUGGACGCGAUUGUGGAGACUCCAAACACGGAGUACGCUACAGAGACCAGGGAGGAGUUACUGUACAACAAGGAGAAACUGCUUGAGAAUGGUGACAAAUGGGAGCUGGAGUUGCAGUAUGUGGCCAAUGCCGAUGCCCCAUACAGGUGA